AUGACGUUGAUGCACUUAGACCCAGAUGACCGAGAUGAACCAAAUGACACAGAUGACCCAGAGCAACAGAAACUAUUUCGGUGUGUGUCAGGAAAUAUGGAUAGCAAAAGGAUUCGACUGUACCUCGGCCUGGACAAUCUGGUGGUGGAUUGCAUGCUCCAGAAGAAACCAGGCGUCUCAGCUAGACAGUACCAGAACCAACUGAAGCUCUACACAUCAUCUGGUCUCCUGCCCACCAUGGCCAUCUAUAACAGCACUAACUCAGCCACCUUCCCCUUUAAAUUCAUUAUGAAUGCAUCCACCUGGAGAGUGAACGUCCCCAGAUACAACAUUACUAUCAACACAGUGGCAGCACCUGUGGAUGAGUGGUAUGUGGAGUUCAGUAUGUUCCAUGGCUUCUCUAUGUUCAGCAGCAAGGGAUCCAUCCUGGACACACUGAAGGGAACACUACUGGAUGUGGCCAGAGAGCCCAUCCUGCAGUGGACGAUAGGGGAGGAGUUGUCGUCUCGUAUCAGUGAACCACAACUCCACCGGGUCCUGAAACUACAAGUCAGCCAGAGUCCCUGUGCCGGUGAUGUGGCCGUGCUGGCACCUGUCUUCGCUCCAGGAGGACACACAGGAGUGAUUCUCAGUGUCACCAGAUCUGCCUUCACCGCUCAGGCACGAUGGUUCAAUGCCACGAGAUCACUAUGUAGCUUGAUCAAUGAAGUGUGUGUGUCUGGCUGUGCGGGGAUCUCCAUCGUGGACCUGAAGCUGACCACCUGUCACCUGUUCCUGCUGACCAACCGGGGGCUCUUCAUCAGCCAGGAUCUCCUUUCCCCUGUCACAGGCACUCUCAAUUUCACCUUGCUGUUCCUCCCUGCACUGGCUCAGAUGGACUACUCUGCCACCACCUUGUGGUUUUCCUCUCAAUGUGUGACAGAUCGCAUCUAUUUCAGUGAUGACACACUCAGUUUGAUUUCCAAUGAAGGAGAAGGUGAAAACCUGCAUUCUAGGUGUGUGUACAGUAAGUACCCCUUCACGAGGUGGUUCCUGUGCCAGGCCUCUGCUGCUGACAUCGCGAAGAACCCCAAACACCGUUACCUGUCCUUCCUCCAUGACCGCCACCAACACACUGGCCUACUGCUCUCACACACUGAGCCCUACUUGAACCUGCCAGAAUUCCCAUCACAUCCCAUCUCCCCCAUCCCCACCCAUUUUUGUCCUCCUGAAGGUCUUGCCAGGUUUGCGUGAUUGAACGAGACCCUGGAUGUAGCCAGUACUCUACUGCGUGGUCACAUGGUGAUCCUGAUUGCUGUUCAGCUGGACAAAGACAAACUCAGUGGCUUUAGCUACAGGAACAUCGAGAUAGACCAUCUCAUAGAGAAACAUGAGAUGGGUUUUGACAAAGCCCUGGCCCUCCAGUACACCACAGACCACACAGUCCUGCUCCACGAGAAUGCUGUCAUCAAUGACCAUGCUAACGGAAACAACCGCCAGGGCAGGACCAACCCUCUCACCGUGGCACCCGCCAGCCACUUCUCACCUGACCACAUGGGCAAGGUUAUCUACUUCAGUGAUGGUGAGAUGGUGGUGAUCACAGAGGUGUUCCGGACUCACUAUCUGGGGGGGUUCUCCGGGGUCGUCGUCGGGGAGGUCCUGGAGCCAAUCAAAGGAGCCAGCUUGAAUGCGGAGCCUAUGCAGUUAUGUGACCUGUUGGGGAAGAAGGGGGAGCCCGAGGGGCUCAUUGUUACACUGCAGCUCAAAGACCUAGAUCCGUCCCAGGGGUUUAAUUUGUCCCACGUGGGGAAUGCUGUGGUAGCACCAGGCUUCAGCAGUUACCUCAUCACAGGGCUGGUGCACAGCGGCAGUGCCCUAGCCAAACCCACUAUGCCAGCCCUAGUACUCCCCCUGACCAGCCACCGGUCAGGAGAGUGGCUGCUCUUCCACUCUGCAGGCCGGGGGAGCUGGGGGAUGAAGGAGGGGCUAUGUCGUCACGCCCUGCAGUCAUUGGACGGUGUGAGGAAUAACGCUCUGAUAAGGAUCAACGUCAGAGAAGAGCUCAACUUCACCUUCAAGGCCUUCAUGUCCGACUACUCUCUGUCCAUGGUGUACCAUAAGAAGUUCAUGCGUGUGGUUCUAACCAACCCUCUGGCCAUCCGAGUCACAACCAGACGAUCCUGGGACGACACCAACAACCAAAUGCUCACCCUCAACCCCUUCAAUCACCUCUGCAAAAAGGCAACCACCACAGUGACGGUAUACAUCCCAGAAGCCUCUCUGUUGUGUAGGUCCUCCUCCUUCACCUUCACGCUACAGAACUCCUGCCCCGAGGGACUCCAAAUCGUCUAUGUCUCCCAACAGCCAAUCAGUGACCAUGAAUGGAUCCACACGGAUCCAGUAGAUCACAUGGACAACAAGAGGCUCUUCAACCUGCCUGUGAACUACCGGCCUCCCUCCCAACUAGGUGUUUUAAUCCCGACCACAGACAAUAUCUAUAACGCUGACCCAAGUCAUCCCCACCCCAGACAGCACUACCCCAUCUCCAAGAACUCUGGUCGGUAUAAGCAGUGUGCAGGGAAAAGGUCAGCAUAGGAAUGUGGCUGUACAGACAGACUGAAAGUCUCUCCUCUAGCCAUCAACUCUGACUGCAGACAGAGGGUGCUGAGGCUAACGUUUCCUGUGACUGACUUCAACAUCACCUUGUUCCUGAGGAGAACCAACCACGCUAACCGCCCGCUCUGCUCUCCUUACUUUGUUACUGUCACGGAGGUCAACAACCGGACCAGCUGGAAGGUCACAGGGACCCAUGCCACCCCCACCAUGGACAGGAUGAGACAAUAUUUUGAAGACAGUCUAAAGAACAAUCUCUACAACCCAGAGGGACUGCAGAUCAGCCUUUAUGGCUCUGAGCUUUUCCACUUCCGUAUCUCUGUCAUUCCUGGAGUUGUGUUGUGUGACCUGGUGGAGGAAGUACAGAUCUACGUAGACGAGCCUCCGCUGGCGUUCCCAACCCAACACCUCGCCAACAACAUGGCAGCCAUCAUCCUGGGAGGCUUGCUGCUCUUUAGCUUCCUUCUCAUAUACAACGGCGUUGCCAUGCCAACCAAGAGCAUCAUCAAAACCCUCAAGAAACACAAGCCCACCAUCUCUCCAACCAGGACCCAGAACUCUACCAGGGACACGAAUUGA